CAAUAAUAUUCGAAUAAAACGAUAAGGCGAAGUGCUGCUUGUAAGGCAAACCAAGGCGAAAUCCUUUCCCAAAGGACGUGCUCCUUCUGCAAGACGUUGUGUUUUUGUCUUGUUUCACGCCACUGUAGUGUCUACUCCUCUGUUAUUUAGGAUUAUAGAACUGUCGGUGUUAGCAAGGUAGCCGUAAGAGCUGACGGCUUCAGCUUGACGCCGGACCCAUGGAGAAGCAUCACUUGCUCCGUCGUGACCCUAACUGGCACCCAAACGGUUGUAACCUAUGCGGUCAGCUCGGUCACCAAGCGGCGAAUUGCCCGAAUGGAACCAUCAACUGGAGGCAGAUCUAUGGCGAUGAGGCAUUUAUCAUGCGGCAGCCCAUAUAUUACUCCGACAUCCAAGAACGCAUACAGUUAAAGGAAGACGGUAUGAAGGACCUUGAAGCAAGAGCACAAGCAUACGCCAAGACCAAGGCAGAGGAGCUGGGCCUCAACUGGGCUGAGAUCAUGGCGAGGGCUGAGGAGUUGCGCAACAAGGACCCUUCGGAGGUCAUUCCCAAAGUGGCGGCAGCGGCAGGCGACGAGCUUCCGCCCGGCUGGGCCGUGGCGACGGACCCCAACGGCCGACAGUACUUCUGGCACAAGAAGACACAGAAGGUGCAGUGGGAGCGGCCCACAGAGGACACCCCCAUCAGCUGACGCCCGGAGAAAAUGGGAGGAACGG